CUUGACUUGGGGUUGCUUAUACACCGUUGGAUCAUGGAGGCAGACGCAGAGCGGGUUCAGGUCGUCACCCACGACGAGCAGCAGCGGCCGCUGUCCGGGACCGAGGUCCAGGGCAUCAUCGCCAGCUUUAUGGCCUCCGACCCAGUGCUCCCGGCGGACAAGCUCCUCCAGCUGCACUCGCUCAAGGCGGCGCUGCAGUACGAUGGCAUCGACGGAGAGGCUGCGGGCACGGGCGCCGGGACACAGAGCGAGGAAUAACAAGCGUUGCGAUGGGA